GUCCAAGGGCCUCGCACUCUAAGUGGAGCUUCUCCAUUCUGCCAGCUUUCCGGGAACAUCCAAGGCAAGCAAGGCUGGUACCCAGCACAGCAGUGACUGACCACAUUUCCUACUCCCCAGGAAUCAUGGAAUCCUUCAGCUCUAAGAGUCUGGCACUGCAAGCAGAGAAGAAACUACUGAGUAAGAUGGCGGGCCGGUCUGUGGCUCACCUCUUCAUUGACGAGACAAGCAGUGAGGUGCUCGACGAGCUCUACCGUGUGUCCAAGGAGUACACGCACAGCCGGCCCCAGGCCCAGAGGGUAAUCAAGGACCUGAUAAAGGUGGCCGUCAAGGUGGCCGUGUUACACCGCAAUGGCUCCUUUGGCCCCAGUGAGCUGGCUCUGGCUACCCGCUUUCGCCAGAAGCUGCGGCAGGGUGCCAUGACGGCGCUGAGCUUUGGCGAGGUGGACUUCACCUUUGAGGCUGCUGUUCUGGUCGGCCUGCUGACCGAGUGCCGGGAUAUGCUGCUGGAGUUGGUGGAGCAUCACCUCACGCCCAAGUCACAUGGCCGCAUCCGCCACGUGUUCGAUCACUUCUCUGACCCCGGCCUGCUCACAGCCCUCUACGGGCCUGGCUUCACUCAGCACCUUGGCAAGAUCUGUGAUGGCCUCAGGAAGCUGCUAGACGAGGGGAAACUCUGAGAACCCUGCACCCAGCACAUUCCACCUUGGCAAAUGGUUGACUGAGAAAACAACGGGCUUCCUAACCUGCUCAUCUGCACUAACACUUUUCAGCCUUCAGGCUUCAUUCUUUCCCAAGAGUGCUUUGACUCUGAAACCACCCCACCCCCAAACUGCUGGACAAGGAGCAGUGCUGAGAGGUGAGCCCUCUCUCCCAAUCCAGCCCUAGGACAGGAAACAGAGCUGCCUGAAAAAGAUGAAGUGAAACUUGGAUCUCUGUGUCUCCCAUUGGGGACUUCUGAAACAGGGAAGCCCCCUUCGCUGUGAACCAAGGGAAGGCGGCACAGCCCAUAUAACCCCUUUGGGGACAUUCAAGACAGAAGGGGGGGAAUGUGGUCCUUAGAUACUGAGCAUGGACAGAAACCAGAGGCUCUGUUCCAGAGUGCAGGAGGAAGGGAACAGAGCAGGGGAGAUUCUCACAGGGGAAAUAAAACUACUAAAACAUG